AGGCGCGCGCACACAGAACAGAGCCCACACGUAUACCAUCCUCUCUUCCCACUUUACCCCCCUGCAUUUGUCGUAUUUUAUAGGACAGGGCUGGGAGAAGGGGUUUUACGUGCGACGGCUGGACUUGGUAGCCGUCCCGGGCCCUUGAGCGCAAAAAGGACCGAAACUGCUACGCGCACACGCGCAGCCGCCGCGCGCCUACGAGUUGUGCGCUCUCCCUUCGCCUCGCCGCGUCGGGGGAGCUGAGCUGAGGUGGGGGAGAACUCCGCAGCGGCUAGCUCUUGCCCGAUGAGGCCGCCGGAGGUGUCUCUUGCCGCGGCUUUCGUGGCCGUGGCGGCGCUCCUUGCUGGGGCGGCCGCCGCGGCGCCGUUCCCGGCGGCGCUGACGCUGGAGCGCGCGCUGCCGCACAAGGGGGUGCCCGUGGAGCACCUCAAGGAGCGGGACGGGGCGCAUCAUGCGAGGAGGAGGGGGCUGCUCGGAGGGGCGCCCGCCGUCGCCGGCGUGGUGGACUUCCCCGUGGAAGGCUCAGCCAACCCGUACAUGGUCGGGCUCUAUUUUACACGUGUGAAAUUGGGGAACCCUGCGAAGGAGUACUUUGUCCAAAUUGACACCGGCAGUGACAUCCUGUGGGUUGCUUGCAGCCCUUGCACAGGUUGUCCGACAUCAAGUGGGCUCAAUAUCCAGUUGGAGUUCUUCAACCCUGAUUCUUCAUCAACAUCAUCCAGGAUACCAUGCUCGGAUGAUAGGUGUACAGCUGCCCUCCAAACAGGGGAAGCAGUCUGCCAAAGCUCAGAUUCCCCAAGCAGCCCAUGUGGUUACACUUUUACUUAUGGUGAUGGAAGUGGCACAUCAGGGUUUUAUGUGUCUGACACUAUGUACUUCGACACCGUCAUGGGAAAUGAGCAGACUGCCAAUUCUUCUGCAUCCGUCGUUUUUGGAUGUAGCAACUCGCAGUCGGGGGAUCUGAUGAAGACAGAUAGGGCAGUCGAUGGGAUUUUUGGGUUUGGACAGCAUCAGCUGUCUGUGGUUUCACAAUUGUACUCUCUUGGAGUAUCUCCAAAGACAUUUUCUCAUUGCUUGAAAGGUUCAGACAAUGGUGGUGGCAUUCUUGUUCUUGGUGAAAUUGUGGAGCCAGGAUUAGUAUUUACUCCACUCGUUCCAUCGCAGCCUCAUUACAACUUGAAUCUGGAGAGCAUUGCUGUUAGUGGUCAAAAGCUACCCAUUGAUUCAUCCUUGUUUGCAACAUCAAAUACACAAGGAACAAUUGUGGAUUCAGGGACAACAUUGGUAUACCUUGUAGACGGAGCCUAUGAUCCGUUUAUUAAUGCGAUAGCUGCUGCCGUCUCUCCAUCUGUACGCUCUGUUGUCAGCAAGGGGAUCCAAUGUUUUGUUACAACCAGCAGUGUUGACUCGUCAUUUCCAACAGCGACACUAUAUUUUAAGGGUGGUGUUUCGAUGACAGUGAAGCCGGAGAACUACCUUUUGCAGCAGGGUUCUGUUGACAACAAUGUGUUGUGGUGCAUUGGCUGGCAAAGGAGCCAGGGAAUCACUAUACUUGGAGAUCUUGUUUUGAAGGAUAAGAUAUUCGUGUAUGACUUGGCCAAUAUGCGCAUGGGCUGGGCGGAUUAUGACUGUUCAUUGUCGGUCAAUGUGACCUCCUCGUCAGGGAAGAACCAGUAUGUGAACACGGGGCAGUUCGACGUCAACGGGUCGCCGCUGCCAUUGUACCGAAGUUGCCUAGUACCUACAGGGGUCGCCGUCAUCCUUGUGCAUAUGCUCAUUUUUGGCAUGCUCCCCAGCAGUAGAUAGCAGACGGCCUAACCGACCUGACAUUGCAGUUCUAUAUCAUAUCUCUCCAUUCUUUGUAAGCUAGCGGGGGAUGCAAAGCCCUGUCCUGCGAGCGAAUGAGCCGCAAUGGCACGCGUGAGCAUUCUUGCUGUACAUACAAACAAACAGGGAGAAAAAGGAGAAAAGAAAAAUAGGGUUCAUUCUUCAUGGAACA